UGACAUCACAGGAAGAAGGGGGAAGUUGGGACCUGUCAGGAAAAAGUAAGGGCAUAUUGUAUAACUGACCUCACAGGGAGGAGGAGCAGGAUGAAUGAAAAAAAGCAUUUUAGGACUUUCCGUAAGAAUGAACCUGUCAGCACAAAGUAAGAGAGAGGACAUAACUGUUGCCUACAGUGGGUGACGGAUUUCGUAGCUAUUUGGAGAUUGUAUAGUGAGAGAGCGUACAGGGCCCCCUGCUGACAGUUUGCUUUGACACGUGUGAUUGCGAAUGGAGUUAAUGCUCGUGGACGCGCUGCUUUCUCAUUGUAAAGACCAUGCUACACUCAUUACUGAACUCGGCUCGUGGAGUCUAGGUGCAGAGAAGGUCCCUACACCUGAGAAUCUGGAGAUUCUCCGCCUUAUUCUGAGAGAACUGGCCACGAGAAAUGAGAAAACACAAACAGAGAAGCUCAGUCAAGUUGUAACUGCACUUGCUCUUAACAACUGUUUGCCUCUGCUCGCCAUCCUGCGAGAUGGAAUCCUGCCGCUUCGUGAUAUUACGCGAGUUGCAAGGACUGUGUGUGUUGUAUUACGUCACUGUGCAGAAAUUGUGGGGAAUCAAGUUGCAGUGCCAGUAUCUCAGGCUGCCAUCAGGGUCUUAGGAACACGUGGGAGUGCGUCACAGAAGGAAGAACCAGCUGGGACGGAGCAUUUGCAGACUUUUGUAGCGCAUGGAGAAAGUGCACCACAUUCUAAACAUAAAGACAUUUCUGUGGAAGAAGCCAUCGAAGUUUUGGGUGCUGUGGUACCAACACUGCAAAGGCUUUCUGGCUGCAGUAAUGAGUUAGAGCAAGUCGUAAAAGCCACAGUGUAUGCCCUUAAAGAAGGAACUGAUGAAACCGCAAACUUAAUAUGUGCAAGAUUAUUACCCAGUCUUGGGUCAUAUAGGAAAAGUUUAAACAUGCUCUGGGGCCCACUUAUUACAGAUAAGGAAAAAAUGUAUGUAGAUGAUGGCAUCUGCUUAAGUCGCAGGUUGUUGGUAUUAAGCGCCUUAUCAGAUCAUCUUUUCAUAACUGAUUCUAAAGACAGACCCCUUAAAUCUUGGUGCUGCAGUAUCUUUUGGACAUUGGUGCAGGGCGGCUUGUGUAGUCCUGACAGCCUGACCAGAAAAAGAGCAGUGUACCUGUUAAAAAAAGUGAUCGACUGGUGUCAGGAGACAGGGGAGGAGAUGGCAUGUAGAACGGAUUGCUGUAGAGAUGGAGAUCCUGCAUUGUUCUUUUGGUCCACCUGGAAAAUUGAAGCAAUCCUGUUGUUUUGGGAGAAUUAUUUGUUGGUUGUGGAAACACUAGAAGGAAAUCAGAUACAUGUCAUCAAACCAGUUUUGCCAAAAUUAAAUGUUAUAAUUGAAUCAUCAGUGUCGGAAAAUAAAGAUUCCUGGCUGUUUCACCCCUCUUGGCAUCUAUGCAUUUAUAAACGUAUGUUUGAGAGUGAGAACAAAACAUUGGCAAAGGAAGGAGUUCUCCAUUUUUUAGAUAUGUAUACUGCUAAAUCAUUACCUGAAUCACCAUCAUGUUCUGAGUUUAUAAUUGGACCCCUCAUGGAUGCUAUGUCAGAAAGCUCUAUGUACAGCAGGUCUUCAGACCAGUUAAUUGGUGAAUGCCCUAUCCUGGCAACAAAGUUUCAAAAGUUUUUGACUAAAUUUGUGUCCUCCCUUCCUCAAGAAAACAGAGGACUGAUCCUGCUGAAAUUUAUCAAGAAGAUGACUAGUCGGCACUGGAGUGCUGUUCCCAUACUGUUCAUGGCUAAGGCACUAGCUGAUAUUCCAGCAAAAAAAAUAUGGGGUGCAGAUGGGCUCCUGUUACUAAGAGAGGUGCUGCAGUGUACUAUGACUACUCAUCAAGUUCUGCUUCGUGGAGCUGCACAAUGCUUUUUUCUUCAAUCUGCAAUAAAGUUAACUGACACAGAAAAAGUUUCACUUUCUGAUAUAUCAAGUUUUCUCAUUUCUCUUCGAGCAGAUGAAUCCUUAGAUAGGGGAAGUAAGCUCUGGAAAGAGGUGUGUAUUUGGUUUAAAGAGAAAGCUGCUGCCUUCAAAAAAGAUUCAGUCUUUGAAUUUACAGGAUGCCUACAAAUAUCCGCUUUAAGCAUGUACACAAAAUGUUUAGUUGAAGAUUACCUAACAGUUCCUGGCUCAAAAGAUGAACAUGAACUCAUGCCAGACUGGUAUGAAUCAAGGCUUGUUGCCACCAUGGUACUCCUGGCUGCUGAUGUAGAACUUAUGAGUUCUUCAGAAAUAAACAUUGCCAUAUCAGAAACGGCUGAUUUGAAUCUUUUGUUUACUCCUCUUCUGACAUGUCUUUCCAAACUUGGUACAAAUGCGUACAUGCCAAUUCUGAAGACUGACAAGAUCUUACAGUUGCUCUUAAAAAUUCUGCAGAUAUGUUCAUCAAAAUCACUUCAAAAUGAAACAGAUGGACUAUUGACCAUUAUCUGGAAUUUAAUAACAACUACUACAUCAAGCAUUUUUGAGUUUAUUGUAAGAAAGUUAAGUGGUGAGCUGAAAACUAUUGCAGAUCUAGAUCGCUGUGAUUUAUAUCUUGCUAUAAUUUCAAAGUUUGUUAACUUAUCUUUAAGAUUUAACUGGAAAAACAGCUCUUCGAUAUUGAAGUUUAUAUAUUAUUUAACAGUUGCUUCAGCUGAAAACCUGCAGGACUUGAGCACAAAGAAGGAUGAAAAUCUUGAACAGCAAAUCCAAAAAAUAGUCAGCAUCGCCUGUCUGGCUUCAGUGUGUGGCAUAGCUUCUUAUUCAUCCCAGUUUCAAGAGGAUUCUUACAACUACAUCAGUGUGCUUUGCAGAUAUGUGUCAUCUAUGCAAUUAAAUGUCAGCCUCUCAAAACCCAUUGCUUGUGAAGAAAGGUUACUAGAAGAAACCACUUCUCAAGGGUGGGGCAAAAUAGUUGCUCGGUACUUACAUGAUCAGUGGGUCUGCUUCCAUUUUGUCCUUCAUAAACACAAAUCCAGUUUAUCUACAUCAAACACCAAAAAUCUUGAAUUUGCUUCACUGAUUUUCUCAUCGCCAGCAUCAUCUUUACAGUCAGCUCUUGAUGUACUCUCUGUUAUUCCCUCGAGUGAGGUCCUACCUGUAUUUUGUUGCAUGAAGCUUCUGGUACCCAAGGUUCUUGACUCUUCUGAACUUUUAGCAGUGGAUUGUAUCAAUACAGCUUGGAAAAUUGUGUUGUCUUCAUGCAACACUCAACUAGUGUUUUGGCCCACCUUGCAAGUUUUUGUUGAAUUUGCUUUCAGUAACGAAGUACUUUCUGGAGCUUCUCAUACUAAAGGUCAAUUGUAUUUCCGAAUAAAAGAGAUGAUACAAGAAAUGGUUGAAAUGUCCAUAUCAAAGACAGGAGUAUUCAAUGUGUUGGUUUCUUACUGCUGCCAGUCAUGGACAGACUAUUCUAAGAAAGCUAGUAUUACAGACGAUGGUCUUCUACAUGCAAAAUGUUACAUGGAAAUCCUCACAGAAGCAUGUGUGUUCGGCACUGUUUGUAGACGAGAUCAGAGGUUAAUUCAAGAUACCCAUGCUUUUAUUGAAAGUUUAGGAAAAGAUUGUGCAUCAAACAUUGCUGUGAUAAGCACGAACAGGGAUGAACACCAGGUCCGAAUAUGUGCAACUGUAUUUUUUAGUUCUUUGGAUGAGUCAAAUGCACUUCACACGCAGUUUCUGCAAGGCCUUGUAAUUCAUCUUCUUGAUAAGGACAUAAUUGUUUCCAAGACAAAAACAAGGUACUAUGGAAAUUCUCUUCAUCACCGGCUAAAAAACCGCCUGUGGCAAAUGCUGUUAAUUCUGAUUCCCAAACUUGACCAGAACUUUCUCUCUGAAAUCAUUGACAGGAUUUUCCAAGCUGGGUUCAGUAACAAUCAAGCAUCCGUUAAAUAUCUUAUAGAAUGGGCCAUUAUACUGAUACUUCAUGCACAUCCUAUAUUUCUUUCCAAAUUCUGGAACUGCUUUGGCAAUACUGAAGAAAAACUUAAAACCAGCAUUUGUACAUUUUUGUCUGUGCUUCCUCAUUUUGAUGUAGUUAUUGCGAAUAUUCCUGAUAAGGGAUCUAGUCUAAAGAAGGCUCUAGUCACUGCACUUCAGUGGUGUUUCAAUCACAACUUCAGUGUUCGGCUUUAUGCAUUGAUUGCUCUAAAGAAACUCUGGGCCAUGUGCAAACAACAGUGCAUACAUGAAUUUGAUGAACUGGCUUUAGUAAUAGAGUCCAGUCUUGAUCUAGUAGAAAAUAUCCAAGGCACUGGUAAUGCAAGAAAAAACUGGCUAAGAAUACAGAAUCAUUUCUUCUUUUCUACAUUUCAUCCAUUAGAAGACUACAGCAUAGAGACAAUAUUUUAUACUCUUCCAAGCUUGUCAGAGUUAAUUGAGGAUGAAUGGAUUUCUCCCCACAAAUUCUUCAGAUAUACUAGUAAUUCUUGGCAAUCAUCACUACCACUCAACAACCCAAGGCCCAUGAAUGUAGACCUGAUGUCAAGUGACUGGUUACAGAAAGACACUGGUAGAGGCAGUGAUUUGUGUGACACAAUCAAUGAGACUGAAUGGACAGAUAUUCAGAAAAAGAUCAUUCCCUGGAAAAAUAGUAUCCCAGAUUUUGAUUUAGAAAUGGCUGUUCAGAAUCGUGCUGCCAAGCUUGGGAAAUCAAAUGGAAGUCUUAUUGUUGUAGCAUCUCUUAUUGAUAAACCCACAAAUUUAGGAGGUCUAUGUCGCACUUGUGAAAUAUUUGGAGCUUCUGCAUUAGUUGUUGACAGUCUUCACCAUGUUAAUGAUAAACAGUUUCAGUAUCUCAGUGUAACUGCUGAACAGUGGCUUCCACUUACAGAGGUUAAACCAACUCAGCUUCUAGACUAUUUGCAACUUAAAAAAAACAAUGGAUACACCAUAAUUGGAGUAGAGCAAACAGCAAAAAGUUUUGAUCUUACAGAGUAUUGUUUUCCAGAGAAGUCCUUGUUGUUACUUGGAAAUGAACGAGAGGGAAUUCCCGCUAACCUAAUACAGCAUCUUGAUGUUUGUGUAGAAAUUCCACAACAAGGAAUAAUCAGGUCACUCAAUGUCCAUGUUAGUGGUGCAGUUUUGAUUUGGGAGUAUACAAGACAACAAAUCUUGAAGCAAAAAGAUUGUGGAAAAUAGUAUUUUUCAGAAAAAAAUAAAUCAAUGGAUUUUACUUUUUAUUUAUUUACCCUAUUAAAUCACUUGUACUUCACUUGGAAGCUCAAUAUUUUUUACAAAGGCAUGACUAAAUAUUGAAAUAAACAUCUUCAUUUACUUA